AGUAACAAUUUCAAUAAAAUCCCAUAUAAAUGAAUAAUAACUAUAACUGUAAUUAUCACAUUUAAACGAACUCUGUGUAAAUGGUCCCAUCAGUGAACUUAAUUGACUGUAUCAUCACAAAGAAUAAAUAUAUAAUGAGGGAUUUGAGUAUAUAACACUAUAUUUUAUACGCGCUAUAUACUAAAACAUCGAUUUUUAUCUAUUUUCGCCAUGAAUUCAACAAUCUUUUCAGUCAUAUUAUUAUUAGUUUUGAAUGCAUUAGAACUGGUUGUUGGUCAGGUCCAAACUAGACCAUAUAGUUGCGUACUGCCCUCUGCAUGUCGAGACAGCGGAAACAUUAUUGAUCCUAGAAUUCUGAGUCCAAAUGGUGGUAUUUUUCCAUCGGCAGGUGUGUCCAGUGGUGUUGGUAGUACUGGACCAGGAACUGGACCACCAGGAAAUUUUCCUGGUAGUGGAAACCCUGUGGUGAGUAUUGUGACUCCAGGUCAGCAGCAAACUGACUGCCCUGCGGGGUAUGUGAGAUGUACCAACGUAAUUUGUGGCACUCCAACCGUACAGCCUAGUCCACAGGACGGAUUUGCCACGCCCAAUGCUUUUCCUUGGCAAGCAUUUUUACGUAACAACAACAAUCUCAAUUUUCGGAAUGGGUAUGCUGGUGGAGGCGUUUUGAUCGAUCAGUACCAUGUCCUGACUGCAGCCCACAAAAUAACAAAUUUGACGAGUAUAAGUGUGAGUCUUGGAGUAUACAACACGUCAUUUGUGAACACCCAAACAUCACAAGUGCAACAGGCUUGGAUUCACAGUAACUACAACCAGACUUACUUGAAAAAUGACGUGGCCAUAUUGAGACUGGCCACUCCGGUCAAUUUGGGAGGAAAUGUUCUGCCCAUAUGUCUACCCCAAGCUGGGAGAAGUUUUAUAGGCUCCCCAAGUUCCUCUUGUAUAGUGUCUGGUUGGGGUCAGACAAGUUUUCAAACAAAUGAUGCUCCAACCCAAACUCUGAAACAAGUCCAUGUGCCUAUUGUUACCAAUCAGCAAUGCACGACGUCCUACAACAACGUUUUAGGAUCAGUCAAUACGGCAGCUUAUUUGGACUUUCCCAAUGAGAUCUGUGCUGGGGGACAAGCCCAACAGGAUGCUUGCACGCAAGAUGGUGGUUCGCCUUUAGUUUGUGCUGACAGUGGUACUCAGUACACCCUAGCUGGAUUGGUCCUUUGGGGUAAGAACUGCGGUCAAGCUGGUGUAUAUGGUGUUUACCUCAAUGUACCGCAGUACGCAAAUUGGAUUCAGUGUGUCGUUCAGUGUAUACAGAAUACACAAAAUUGUAACAGCUGUCCGGCAUACAGAUUCCUGUAGAAAAUUUGUGGAAGAAAUAUAUUUAUUUUAUUUAUUUUGUAUCGUUUA